AUGUGGAUAUCUUCUGUCGAUUUCAUUGUGCAUAAAUUUCUAGGAGAGAAUCAUCAAUCCACUGAUGCUCCUAACCCCAUCAUUGAAACUCAUCAUAAUGUCAAUGUUGAUGAGAUCAAUGAAAAACUAAACAAGUUGGAGAAUUCACUCGAAAGAGAAAAAAACCAUGGAAAAACUCUUCAAGAAUUAAGGAAGGAACUUCCAUAUGAACAACUCAACUUUUCUGACCUUAAAAAAUUGAGUGAGGCCUUGGAAGCUGCAGAUGAAGAAGUUGAAAGCGUAGCGAGGCAACUUAUGGAGUCUAGAACUGAAUUUCCAUAUCAAACCAUUGGAAGCGCCCUUCCUCCUUUAAGAGUUAGGGAAAACAAUUUGUUUGAUUCAAAUGAAGGGGCAUCAGGAUCCCAUGAAUAG